AUGCUUGACAAUAUCGACCUCAACCAGGACCGUCCUGUCCUUCCAUAUGGUAUACAGAGACAGGGACAGAAGUGGGAUCUGGACGCCGUUGAUACGGUGAUUGAUGACCUCCGGCGUCAGCUGCCCACUGGUCGUGCCGAUCAAUUGAUGAGCGUAAAAACACCCGACGAAAUCACGGUGUUGCCAGACGAGCACGGUCUCACUCAGAUACGACAGAACCUGGAAAAUCCUGCGCCGAGGACGGCCUUCGAUCCCGCCAGAUGGCAGUAUCGAGUUAUGCAUCCCUCAAACCCGGCAGAUGUCCCUGCUAUCGCCACAAAAUAUGCUCCCAAUGCCAUGCCAGCAAUCCCUACGGCUCUUGCCCCAACGAACCCGACGAUCCCUGCACCUAAUCCAUUCCUCCCAGGCCAAUUCGGUAGACCACCAAUCAAUGCACCAAAUCCUGCCUUGUUCUGUACGGACUUUGGCGGAGCUCAAGGGACAUACUACGGCCAAAACCCACCGUCCAGUGGGCCUAGGAAUGGUGGAAACGGCAUCGGGGGAGGUGGUAGGAGCAGCGGUGACGGGAAUGGCCAACGCCCGUACUGGUGGUAA